AUCUGUGGUGAAACUCUAUAUGUAAUAGCUAUACAGCGAACAUUUUUCUUCUUUCAUCGGCGGUCACUCGCUAGUCCAAUUUUAUCAUUAUUCCAGAAUCAGCAUUCACCGGUGAUUUAAAAUAAUAAUAAUAAAAAAAAAAAUGGUGGGAGAAGAAAAAAGGCAUCAAAUGAUGCAAAAUCUGUUUGGUGAUCAAUCGGAAGAAGAAGAAGAGGAGGAAGAGGAAGAAGAGGUUGAAUCCGAACAUGAAUCGAAUCGUCAGCCCGAUUACGCUUCUGAUGAAGCCGAUGUCGGGCUGAAGGCCGAAGGUGAAGUUGUGGUAGAAGGUCAAGGGGAAGCAGAGAUUGGUAGUGAUACUGAUGGUGAAUUGAAUGAAAUGGAUCAUGAACGCAUUGAGAGCGAGGGUGAGAGAGACCAAAGCUCUCAAGAAGUAGAUCUGGUAGAACAAAGAGAUGAAAGUGAGGGAAAAGAUUCAGGAAGUGACCAACUUGGUCAACGAGUUGUGACAAGUAGGAGACGGGAAGUGGUGGAGAGUGAAUCAGAGAGAUCAGAGGAAAAUCAUUAUAUGGAUAAUGUAGAUGAAGAAAUCGAUCAGGCUAUAAGUCCAAGAAGUAGGUCACCCGAUGAAGAGAAAGAUGAAGCUCACAUAUCAGAGACAGCUCCUGAGCUCCGUGAUGUAUUUGGGGAAUCAGAUGACGAAGAACCAGCAGAAUAUGAAGCUGUUCAGAAUAAUCUAAAUGAUGAUAGAUCUCCUAUGGAGGAGGAUGACGGUUAUGAGAAGGAUCUUCAACCAGAGGACAUGUUAGCCGAUGAAGAGGGUCGGUAUGAUUCUGAAGAGGAUAAUAAGUAUAGAGCCAAGGAGAAACCAGUUGGACCCCCUUUAGAGCUAGGCAUACCGUUGCGACCCCCUCCAUCAGAUCCUGAAAAGAUGAACAUGAUUAAAGUUUCUAAUAUUAUGGGUAUUGAUCCUAAACCUUUUGAUCCAAAGACAUUUCGUGAAGAAGAUGCAAACGCAUUCGUUGCUGAUGAAUCUGGACACAAGCGCAUUCGCUUGGAUAAUAAUAUUGUUCGCUACAGGACUGUUAGAAACCCUGAUGGAACAACAUCUUAUGAAAGCAACGCACGGUUUGUGAGGUGGUCAGAUGGAAGCUUACAGUUGCAAAUUGGAAAUGAAGUUCUUGAUAUUUCAGUGCAGGAUGCCCAACAUGAUCAAGCUCAUCUUUUCCUUAGGCAUGAAAAGGGAAUACUUCAGUCGCAGGGGAGAGUCUUGAAAAAGAUGAGAUUUAUGCCUUCGUCCUUAACUUCUAAUUCUCAUAGAUUGUUGACUGCGAUUGUUGAUUCACGGCAUAAAAAAGUUUUUAGGGUAAAAAAAACUGUCACGGACAUCGAUCCUGAGAGAGAGAAAGAGCAAAAGGAGAAGGCUGAGAGUCAAACAAUUAGGGCCAACGAACUUCUUAGUAAAAAGAAAGAAAAGGUGAAUCGGAAGUACACACAAACUGUUCGUAGGGAACGCCAACUUUCACCUGGUUUCUUGGAGGAUGCACUCGAUGAGGAUGAUGAACAAGAUUAUUAUGAUUCUCGGCGCUCUGAUCGACGGCGUUUUGAAGACGACCUCGAAAUGGAAGCUCGAGCUGAAAAGCGUAUUAUGAAUGCAAAGAAGUCUCAAGGGCUCAAAGAUACUCCUCGCAAAUCAUCCUUGCAUACCAUGAAAUCAUCUAGACGCCCAGUUGAUUCUGAAAGUGAAAGAGAGGAAUCUGAGUAUGAAACCGAGGCUGAGGAAGAUGAAAGGUCACCUCCACGUAGGAGGGCUCAGGAGCCAGACCGCUAUGAUGAUGAAGAUCAGUACGAGGAUUUGGAAGAUGCAGCAUCGGAAGAGGAAACAGAGUUCAAGCACAAGGCCUCAGGAAGCAGUUUUAAGCGCCAGGAGAUAGAAUUAGAUGAGGACUCUCUGUCAAAAAAGGCUACAUCUGGUCGUCGAAAAGCUUAUAUUAGUGAUAGCGAUGAAGAAUAAAUUGUGUUACUAUGUGAGUGCAUCUGGACUUGUCCUAACACAGCAACCUCAUCAGAAGAAUGCAAUGCACUCAAGACUGCAAUGGCUAAUGAUAAAGAAUACAAUCCUCUGUUUCCUCUCACAUUAGUUCUAAACCUGUCAUCGUAUUUGACCCGACAUCAAAAAUACAAAUUAGAUUGCAGCUUUCUGAAGUUCAUUAGUAGCAUCCCAUAAACAAGUUCUAAAUUUUCUUUUAUAUAAUUUUUAUAUGGUUUUCUGCA